UCGUCGUCGUCGUCGCAUCUGACGUCAGUAAGGGAAAUGGCGUUCGUUAUUGUGUAGAAAAAAAAUGCCGUGGCUGUGAGUCGCAGCAGCGUCGCAUUUUGUGCUCGGUCAUCGCUGCCUUUCGGUGUUUCGCCGCGCAUUUCUCGUGGGACGAGUGUACAUCUUUCUCGGAGUCGAACGUUCUUCGCCGUAAACAGGGUGGUGUAGGCACCCACCGAGAGCGUGCGGGUAGGCGGUAACGGGCGAGAGCAGCAUGGCGCUCUGGGCCCGUCUGCAGGAGCUUCCCGGGGAGCUGUUGCGUCAGUGUCAGCUGGCCUAUGGCGAGCACUUUCCCAUGGAGGUUCGAUGCGCUCUUGCCCACUGGAUCGAGGGGAAGCCGUGGCAGGAGAUGGACCCUGAUAACCCCUCUUUCGAUAUGUACGCACCGGGCGUGGUGGCCUCUCUGCUUGAGGAGCUGCAACACAAGGCCUCUACCGAGGAUAACUUUGUCAUGCGGCUCAAGCUUCUGGAGGCUGUGAACACCUUUAAGCAAAACUACGGCCACAACCCCCACGCCCUGGUUCGUGUGAUCAAGAACUGCCUUGCGACUGAGAUGCGCAUAAUCCAGCAGGCAGAGAACUGCAGUCGGCUCGCCUCCCACAUGCCGGGCCCUCACGAUCCACACAGUGAAAUAACCCAGCAGCUGGACACGUUGAGAAGGCGCACGCAGGAGACGGAGGACGAACUUCGCCGCAUGAUCCAGAUUCAGGAGUCUUUCGUGAUCCAGUACCAGGAGUGCCAGAAGCUGCAAGCGCACUACCAGCAGCUUUCAACGCAGAACACCGGCGGCCAAACCAACGUGGACCUGAUCAACAAGAUCCACAACGAGACCAAGGCCAUGGAGCAGGCCAUUCGGCAGCGAAUCGGCGAGCUGCGGGAAAUGCGCGUUGCCUUUGCAGAGAAGCAGCAGGAGACAACAAAUAUGCUGGCCGCACUACAGACACGAGUGCUGGACAAUGAGCUCAUUAAGUGGAAACGUGCCCAACAACUUGGUGGGAAUGGCGUUACUUUCGAAAACAACCUUGACCAGAUCCAAGAGUGGUGCGAAGCCCUGGCAGAGCUUAUCUGGCAGAACUGGCAGCAGAUCAAGAGGAUGGAGCAUUUGGCAUUGCAGGUGCCCAUCGGAGGAGGCCAGGCUCCACAAAUAUCCGAGCGCUUUAAGACCCUCAACGCCCAUAUCACUAGCCUACUUUCCUCACUCGUCACCAGCACAUUCAUUAUUGAGAAGCAGCCUCCACAAGUUAUGAAGACGAACACUAGGUUCACAGCCACUGUGCGCCUUCUGGUUGGGGGAAAGUUGAACGUCCACAUGACGCCGCCUCAGGUUAAGGUGUCUAUCAUCAGUGAAAGCCAGGCAAAUGCCCUGCUAAAGAGCGAGAAAGUUGGUGUUGGAGAGGCAAGUGGAGACAUCCUGAAUAAUACUGGGACCAUGGAGUACCACCAGGGUACAAGGCAACUGAGUGUCAGCUUUAGGAACAUGCAAUUGCGGAAAAUCAAGCGAGCAGAGAAAAAAGGCACUGAGUCUGUCAUGGAUGAGAAAUUCGCACUGCUGUUCCAAUCGCAGUUCAAGGUUGGAGGUGGAGAGCUAGUGUUCCAGGUUUGGACGUUGUCACUACCAGUGGUGGUGAUCGUGCAUGGAAAUCAGGAGCCACAUGCCUGGGCCACAGUAACCUGGGACAAUGCUUUCGCCGAGCCGAAAAGGAGACGUCCUUCCCCCCACAACCAGAGCCGUGUUCCGUUUGCGGUGCCCGACAAGGUUCCCUGGCACCAGCUGGGUGAGGUGCUCAGCAUGAAGUUUAAGUCUGCGACGGGGAGGGGCCUGUCUGAGGACAACCUGCGGUACCUUGCUGGAAAGAUCUUCCGCGGCCAACCGAUUAAGGACGGCAACAACACGCUUGUCAGCUGGUCUCAAUUCUGCAAGGAGCCGUUACCAGAACGGAACUUCACUUUCUGGGAAUGGUUUUACGCCAUCAUGAAAGUCACCCGCGAGCACCUACGAGCAUUGUGGAAUGACAGUGUGGUGUGGGGCUUCGUUGGCCGCCGCGAGGCAGAUGAAAUGCUUCGACAAGGCUGCAAUGGGACAUUCCUGCUGCGUUUCAGCGACUCUGAGCUGGGCGGCGUCACCAUUGCAUGGCUCCAUGAGGAUCCUCAGCAAGGUAUGCACGACAUGCAGCAAGUGAUAAUGAUCCAGCCGUUCACAAGUCGAGACUUCACAAUCCGAAGCCUGGCAGAUCGGGUGAGCGAUCUCCAGCAGCUCACCUUCAUGUACCCCGACAUACCCAAGGAUCAGGCGUUUGGGAAGUACUACACUCCUGUUACAGACACUCAGUCUGCCACCAGCAAUGGCUAUGUGAAGCCAGUCCUUGUCACUCAGAUACCAGGGUUGUCGGGGAUGUUGAACCUCGUUGACAGCAACCCAUCGACGCCUCAGUCCUAUUUCCACUCACACUCGCCGGACGCUGGAGCGAGCAUCUACCACGACGGUUCCUCCCUUGACCAGGCCAUGCAGGCGGGGCUGUCGGCAGCGCCUGACCUCGACUACAACCUGUGUGACGUGAGUGACGUGGACUUUGCCGAGUUGGAUAUCCCAGUUGAUUUUACAAACUUCAACGUUACUGAGCUCACGCCGUACCCAACCAAAGCUAACUGAGCUCCUUCCUUCCCCCUUCUUCUCUGACAGGGAAUCCUAUUCUGGCAGAAAAUUGUUGGCUUGAAAAGCCAAAAGUUGCGUGUUCUAACGCGAGGUGUUGGGACUUCUCUUUUUUUUUUCAUCUCUGUGUGACGCACACCCAUCCCACAUUUCAAAGGAUCCUUGUGGAGUCUCAUUUCUCGGAGCUCCUCAGUAUGCUCUGUACAGAUUUCAGUGCUUUGUUAAUAUUGUAGUUUCGCAACGAUGCCACCAGUCGUCUAAAGAUGACCCCUCACUGUCGGAGACCUUUAUAGUAGUAGCACGCUUCCGUAUGGCCACGAAGAGUAUCUUGACACUAUUUUUGUUAGCUGUUUGUUUAAUGUUCACGUAGAACUAUGUGCACUGCACUAACUGAAAACUAGUCUCGGACUGAGGCUUGUACUAUAGUGUCAGCAACGUGACGGAGUGCUCACUUUGGCUUCCUUGGCUGCGAUGUGUUGAUAAUCGCGAUGUGUUGAUAAUUGUAAUUGAUGCACACAGCCUUGGUGACAUGUUGAGCGAUUGGGUGUGGGCUGCUGUUGGCUUGCCUUUACCUUUCAAAGGCCAAUUUUAGCGUAGCUGUACUUGUCAAAACAGAUUAAUUAUAGCUUUCAGGCAGGAGGCUAUCAUUUUCUUCUGCUAGCCACUGUCAUGGUCAAACUAAUUUAAGACAAGGAGUCAACUACAAGCAGUUUGUGACGACAAUGUCAAGCUACUUUAGGUUUAAGUGGAUGCACUUGUGAUAAGAAAGAGCCAGGCAGCCACAUCGCGACAGGGGCGGAAUGCAACACACGUGUACUUGAAUUUAGGUGCGUGUUAAAGAAUCCCAGGUGGCCAAAAUUAUUUUGGAGUUCUUUAUGGCGGUACUCUUCAUAAUCAUAUCGUGUCUUUAUCAUGUAAAGUGCCCAAAUUUACUGUUAUUGUGAUAAGAAGGUGCGCUGACAUUUGAGUGCAAUUGGCUGCGUGUUGGUGCAACGAUUUAAGACGGGGUCCAUAGGACGCGACAGUUGGAGGUCUGUAAUGAGUUAUUGGAGAAGUUGUGUGUGGCACAGUAGUAUCCUGUGGGUGCUGUGUCUGCACACAGCCAAAAAGUAAUGAAACAGUGACUUACUACAUGCCUUCUUACAUGACCCUCACGUUUGCAGAGGUCGCAUUUGAGGAAAUGAUGUGUUCUGCUGCAAUUUAAUGUUGCCUCAAGAUCAAGCCUCUCUUGAGCUUUUGAUUUUGUGAUGCUGUAGCGCAAGGGACUUCAGCUCACAACUACUGCAGUCAAGACAUCUGCCCAUUGUAUUCGUUGCUUUCUACGGGGAUGUUAUUGACCGGGCAGGAUUUAUUGUUCACUUCAUCUCACUUAAAUUAACAUUUGGCAUUGUGUUUUAUUAUCGGAGCUGGACACAUGUUCUAGUAUUUUGUUAACUUCACCAAAUUUUCCUGUAGAGUUGGAAAGUGCCACAUGCAGUCACGUUCUAUUGAAAAAUGUUUUGGAUCAUUUUAAAGCUGGUCCAUGUGAAGCUAGGCCAACCUGCUUGCUGUUCGGUUAUUAACGAAUGUCUAGGCUUGCAUUGUAUUUGGUUUGCAAGAAUCCUUUGUUAUAUCAUGUCAUGCACACAGAAUUUUCUUUUAUGUUACUUUUUUCUACGUUUAGGUUUUGUCUAUGUUUUGAGGAAGAGUAGUCGUUGCCGAACCUUGUAUGCUCAUUCAAGCCAUGCCUGCACAAAUCUCCCAAAGUUGUGUUCAAUCAAUAAACUACUCUGUGUAUGUGUGUGUGUGUGCAUGUAUGUGCAGGCUCAUGUUUUCGACUUACACAUGGUCAACAUGUUUGGUUCCCGAUUCCUUCCCCUGUGCUGAUUAUUUCUCUUUUCUUACAUUAAAAAGUCCUACUUUGUUACAUUGUAGAUAUAGAUUUUGUUUGUUUGACUGAAGCACCUCUUUUAAGUGUAUGUGUACGUGUGUGUGUGCACAUGCCACACAUUUAGAAGUUGUUUUCUGAUGUUCCUCAGACUGGCUCGCUGACGUCGAUCUCAUGCUCUUCUUCUUUCUCAUGUUUGUUUCUUUGUUCAUUGAUCACCCCAUGUUUUGUUUGUUGUAAUCAAGUAGAAGUAAUUCUUCGUUCAAAGCUUACUUUUUCUGUAUAUACGUGUGUGUGCGUGUUUAUUACCACUGCUCAAAGAAGCCAAUCAUAGUAAAUCAGUCUUGACUGGGAAAAACCGUUAUUGCUGGGGGGGUUGAAUGCUGAGCCCCCGAGGAACUUAAUUUGCUGAAAAUACACUUCGUUGCUUUUGGUCACUCUACCGUCCUGGGAAUGAAAAGAAGCGAUAGCCGACCAGGCUUUAAGUGCAAUAUCUGUUCAUCUGCACCAAAGUGCACCUCUGUAGCGUUCGCGUCUCUAUCCCUGAGAAAUAAACCACUGUCACAAAAUGUUUCCAGCGCAUAGAUUAAGUGUCUGUGUUAGCAGUAACUGCAGAUGAAUUUAACUUUUUGAAGACCGCUUUGUUUAAAAAAAAAAAAUUGAGUCCCAAGAGUCGCGAGUGACCCGAUCGGAGCAAAGGAAACUAAAUAUUAUGGGGGAUUAUGGUAAAAAAAAAAAUCUGAUUAGAUGCAAAAGUUUUUAUUACAUUUGUAGUUGGUGCAUGAAUCGAGCAGUAGUCAAAUAUUUUUUUAGGAAAUGACUUGACAUUGACGCAACUAAUCUUUUGUUUUUUAUUAGCUUUAUAUGACUAAAGCCUCAUAUUUUAAAAUUUUUCAUGUAAUUUUUUGUUUUUGCUGCGCAUCAAGUCAAAAGCACAUCCAAAGCAGCAAUGAAUGCAGGGGUGCCGAACUCGCAUCCGAAUUGAUGACUGAGCAGGAAAGUAACUUGCAGUAAUGAAUCGCUAAAUUGUUCGACCAGUCUUCAAGAGUUCUUGGGCAUCUUAAUAAAGGAGGCACACACAUGGGGAAAGCAUAGUGCUUUGUGAGUGCCCACGCGCAACGAAGCUAAUACAAUGUAGAGCAGCCACGUGGGCUGUACUGCGAAAAAAAAAAAACGUUUGUGGUAAAAAAAAGACAGUGCCUACAGAAUAAAAUCUGUCAAGAAGUUGCAGAAGAAAGUUGGCAAUUAUCUUUUAUCUGAACUCAUUGCUGCAAAAUUAUUCACUUGGCUUAAAGUGUGACAUACAUCUACAUUAUGGCACAUCUUCAAAAACACGAAAACAAUAAAGAGCAUACUGCAAUAGAGGCUUGAGCAAGGUGGUGUAUAAAGGAAAGCUGUUGGAAAGCUAGCUGCCACAUUCAGACAGUGCAUAUAGAUGAACUUGUACACUGUUUUUAAUUAGUGGACAUCCUUUGCUACCAAAUGAUCCCCCAUGUUUCUUUCCUGUCUGCACAUUUACUUAGACUGUCUUGCUGUCAACGUAGUCUGUCGCCGCACGUCUGUACGUGGAGAAUAAGAAUAAGUCACUUCGGCCAUUCCUCUCAAGUAUGAAGAGCUGUCCGACCAGUGUAUCACUGGAACUAUGUAACGGCUCAUGCUGCGAUACGAAAAAUGUGUGGUGGCCAUUUAUUUAUAUCCUGACUCCGUCACCUCUGGAAUGUGAAAAGCAAGAUGUGGACCACGAACGAGAGGAGGCGAUGCUAGAGUCGGCGCUUUAGUUCCUCCACAGGCAGAUUCGCAACUUUAAAAGACAGUGACCAUCCCCUGACAUGUUAGUGACGAUAGUUCAACACACCCGCAUAGGACAUCUUAGCUUGCCACUAGCUACCUACAUAAUAACAAUGAAAAAAAAAGCUCGUGUCAUUUACACGUUUUGUACUUUUUUUAGUGUACUCCCUCGUUGUUGGGGAAACUAUAGAUGGUUUCGCGCAGCUGUUUUAGGAAGAAAACAGUGGGAUAAUUAGAAGAAACUCAAUAGUCCUGCAAGCCUCUUAGUACCUGUUCACAUUUUGAGCAGUGCUUGUUUGGAAGUGUAAUGUUUCUUUGCAAAAUUUUGUAGUAAUAUUGUUCUAUUCCUGUAGUUCAUUAGAGACUACUAUUUAUUGCCCAUUUCGAACCCAGCACAUUUCUUAGCUUGCACCAUUGCUGUAGAUAACCAUGCACAAAGGGACAAUGGUGGAAAAUAGCACCUAUCAACUAAGCAUUUUAGAGUGAAAAUCUGGGUAUUAAAAAAAAAAAAAGGUUGGUGAUAAGGUUUGUUGCUGUGUCAAGGAAGCAUGUAGAACAGGCUUGACAUUUUAGGGUUGAAUGAUCUGAAAGAAAGUGCAAGGAAUCUGUGAAAUGUUUUUGCAAGGAACAGAUAGAGUAUUUUUAUCUAGAAAAAAAGAUAUAUAUUUGUGGCUAGCUUUAUAAAAGGGCAAUUUGGCUGAACACUGGUUGGAGGAAAAUUACUGAAGCCAUAGCAAAGAUACAGCAUUUCCAAUGGCGAACUGGAAUGGUCAUCUUGAGAAAGUCUUGUUAUAUAUUCACUUUAGCACUACUGCUGACUGAUGUCAAAAGCUUUAAAAGCAUGCUGUUAUAGUUAUUGUGCCCAUAUGUAUUCGCAACUUUUCAUCGUGGUUAUCACAUGAAGCUUUCCCGACUGUAUACUGGUUUAGCAGGCAGAAAGUCUCUGUAAUUUGACUGGUCAUUAAACAAGUUCACGUGUAGCUUAUUCAUUACUACAUACCAUAGACACGUACAUUUGCAAAUUAAUACUGGUGAAGAAACACCUUGUUGCUUCAUGUGUAGAUUAACUUUCAUGUGAGCCAGCUUUAUCGUUAUCCACAUAUAUUGCCAUUUUAAGAGCAUCCAGUGUGAAAGUAAUCUUGAGAUAAUAGCUCUGGAUCAACGUUGCUUAUAGAUUUUUCUUAAGAAGCUGUUAGCCUUUAGUUAGGUAUGUGCAGGGAGGUAAGGCUGUAUGGAGCCCCUCUCGAAUGCAGAGCGCACUUUUCAGCUCGCCUGAAACUUGUCAGCUUUCUGCAUUUUUCUUUUUGCGAAGAGUGACGUCAUUGUCCACAUCUGCAUGCUGCAUUAAAUUUUUGCACAUGUAAGCCUCACUAUGUGGGAGCUGUAACAAGUAAUGUGCACUGUUCAUAACCUGGAUUGCUAGGACCAUAAAAUGCUUACUUAUUCUCAGUCGUACAUAAAACCAACAUAUGUGGAACGCGUCACUGUGUGCACCAUUGCACCAGUUUAGGGAUUGUGUUGAAUCAAGUUAGCCAUUUGAUAAAUAUGGCAUCGUCUAUAGUUAGGAAUGUUCUGUCUCUUGUGCAGUGAAAUUGGUUCUUUUUAAGAAGGGCCUAAGAAACUUCAACAUUGUGUUUUUAGGCAGUAAAAAAAAAAGCAAUGAAGGUGAGUGAGCAGUAGUUUUUCUUUUAUUAAACUCCCUAUAGGAGGACUUAAUUGCUUUUUUUUUUAUUUUAUACCAAGAACUGAGCAGUGCUAGCAUUAAAUAAAGAUAUAAAAUCUAGUGCCUGUAAUUUUCAGACCAGUGAAACACAGUUCUUUAUGUUUCCACCAAUGUCUUGGUGGGAACUUGAAACAAAUCGAACUUAUUCUUACAGAAUUGGAAAACCUAUAGAAGAGUACCUUUGCAAGAUUCUAAUAGUAUUUCUUAGGUGAUAUAUUUCUGGCCAGUUUUACUUGUUUUUGCAGUUUUAAGUGUUUAUUUCUGGCCAGUUUUACCAUCCCUAAGCAGUCCACUGGCACAAGGCACAUGAUAGUGUGUUGCUGGCACUUAAAAUUUUUGCUUGAAGCACCAUCAAUGUAUUGUGUGGGCAUAUUUUGUGUCGUCUACCACCUAGCUGAAUACUGUCAGACGUGUCAUUUAGGGAAAUUCACUCAUGUGAUGGACUCUUAGUGAUUAAAUUGGCACUGUUUGGAGUGACAUUCUACCAUGUUGAGAGGCUUAUAUCUUCCUGUGUGAUCUUCAUGAGCAUGGCCGGGAGGGGGGGUUCAAACCUCCCCCGAAAUUUUUCAAUUUUGCUUGAAUAUAUAUACAUACACAGAUGUAUGUGCAAAUGCACAAAGUAUAGUUGAAUCCCCCCCCCCCCCCAAAAAAAAAUUAAAAAAGAAUUCUGGCUACGUUCCUGUUAUUAUGUAGUGCUCUGUAAGAAGCGAUAGGGGGAAAUGUUCCAAAAUGUGUAAUACAUAGAGCACAGUUAUAAGAUUGCAUGCCAUAUAUCAGUGUAAAAUAGGAACAUGAAGUUGCUACAAGCUUUUACGCUUGAGACUGUUUGCUACAUGUGUGUUAUUUAUUUUCUCACAGUUAUUCUUGAGUUUUCUUUUGCAGGACUUUUUUUUAAAGCUUCCUUCUUUGUGUCUUUAUUUAAAUUUAUGCUAAUGGUGCAUGUAGGCAUGUUUGAUGUUUCUCAGGAGAGGCAGUGAACUCUGGGAGGCCUUGUGAGUGAUAGUUGCUAAAGUGUGCUACACUUUCUGAACUCACGAGCAAUGUUUGACGGAAUAAAAGGCAACAGAAUCGAAAGUUGGGCUAGUUGAAUGACAGUUAUACCAAGGAAUAAAAGGCAUUUGAGCAGUUAUUUGAGCAUUCGGCAAGCGUGCUUCGGAAGUGCAGCUGUAGUGGAAAAAAUAACAGACGGCAGCUGACUGCCUGGAAGUAACCUUAACUGCUGGGAACAUAUCUGGAAGUUUUUGCAGCCACUUACCAGAUGGCUAAGUAAAUGUUUUUUUCCAAACUCUGUCUUGCUUGUGAUUGUUCUGAAAGUACUGAGCCAUGCCUGUUCAGAUGUGCUUAACCUGUUUUUUACGUUUAGCACUCUUGGUAUUCUGGUCAUCUUUCUCUUGCUGAGCACAUUUACAGAGGCCUUUGAUGUUUUUGUCGCUAAACGUAGUCAAGCUACUGCUAUGCACUGUGAAAGCAUAUUAGUGCACAAUUUACAGCUUCCGUGCAUGUUGUCAUGUGGCCUUACGAAAAUCAUCAUAUCAGGCCAGCACUACAUUGAUUGCUUUGUUAAUUUAUACUCCAUUUACAUUUAGUUGACCUAGUGCAUUUGAGGAUAUGAACAGGCACUCAGUGCACAUUGCUUCUUACAUUGUGUCUUGUGGCUGGCUGUGCUUAUAUGUACGUGCUGGCAUAAAUUCAAAUGCCGACAACUCGGGUUUUGCAGAGAAGUGGUCCUACACACAGCAUUUUCAGCGCAAGCUUUUGCAGAAAUGCUGCAUCAUUCUCACAAACAGCUGUUCUCAAUUUGUGUCAAUUUUGUUGGCGUAGGUGGUGGAGUGACAAAGUGUGUUUUGUCUAUGCUGUGCCCUAUGUGGACCCUAUGUAUGUUGUGGCUGUUCAUGGAAGUAUAUUCCUGACUGCAACAGUCUUGAAGCCCGCCAUUAACUUUAAUGGUUUCAGCACAUGCGUCAUCGUCUUUGACCUAAUGUUAUGUUGUAAAAGAUCCCCGCUUAUUUGAUUUGGUAAUAGCAGCCACCAGGGCACCAUUGUAAUAUGCUUGUCAGCAAAAUGCUUUGUUGAGCUGCUUCAUGAUGAUCUAAAUUAUUGCUCUCUUCUGUUGAGUAAGAAAUUGUGAUGCUGUCACUUGAAAAGCCUUUUAAGUUGGGCACUGUAAACCACUGCUAAGGAUGUGCAAUUCUUUUGCAUGCUGGCCAAGAUCAAAAAAGAGCUAUUUGGGAAAUCAGCACUGCUCAUAGCAAGUUUUAGUUAUGUGUAGGGCUGCUAUGCUUUCAUUGUUUGCACAACUGCCUCUAUUCAAGCAGCAUCUCUGGAACCAUGACAUCUCAUUCUUGUGCUCAUGUGCCAUGAAUACCAAUGUCCCUCCUCCACAAGCGAAUCUGUGUGUUCGAUUGCCUGAUUGGACCUAUGUUUUGUGCUAGUUUCGUGCUUGAUUUUCCUGCUGUUGUCGAGGAGGCAUGAAUACACAUGCAGAGUAGUAUUUUGGCAUUCGUGUAGAAGUGGUGAAUUGCGCCCUUUAACUGGUUCGAAUGAUGGCUUGCAUAAAAUAAUAUUAUUUUAUUUAUUUUUCUUUUUAUUUGAAUUGGUGCAAUACCCCUUUAGUGGUGCAAUCUUUCCAUGUUUCCGAAUUUACAUCCCUUUUAAUGAGGUGUCAUUACUCAGGGCUACUUGAACGUAGCUGUUCUGCUCCAUGAUAUUUCUAGUACUGAGAUGUCACUGAAGAUAGUAAAUGUUGGUUCAUGGUUCACCUGAUUGGUCCUGCAUCUGCACCUCAUUGUUUUACAAUUAGUACAGACAUUAUGUGGGCAUACUUGAAAGCCACUGUCAUUGGCACGUGCGCUUCGUGCCGCUCUUUCCACUCGACAUGCUUGAAUAAUCUCUGACAGUUGAGUCCACUUCACGACUGGCAGCAGAAUCAAGCACGAAUGAGUAGACUCCCUUUCAAGGCAAGCAUGAAGAGAGCCUGAAUGAUUGCACUUUCCAGAAGAUAUCGAUUUCAUUGGAAAUUGAGCAAAACUGGACGGAUUGUACAGCGUGUUGGAGCAUCUUAGUUACCAACGUUCGUCGCAAAGGGAACUUUCAUAACGAAUGCAAAGCCAGCUUGACUGAAGAUGGACUCGUAUGAUGGAUGAGCAUUACAUUUUCUGGUGGCAUCACCUUCUCUUAUCAUGGUGUGUUGUCUCGAGCCCGUUCUGCAGUCGAUUGUCAGACUUGCAUUACUGUGCGCGAAUGUGUGAUAGAAAGAAGACUAAAGCUUUCUGUACGAACAUUGUUGCCAGUCAAACAUCUUUUGUUACUGUUUAUCAAAGAAAAAGAACUCUUGAUUCUAGUACAAAGAAAAGCUGGCACUUUGAUUUUUUUACCCCCAUGUGACUACAAGUCUGGCGUUUUUUUUUUACUGUUUUACUUCAUUGUGCAUUGUCUUUCCGUGUAGAAUAAAUGCUUGUUGAUUGAA